UUUAAUCUGUGGCACAUACAUUCAAAACUCAAAUAACCGUUGAAUUCGUUGAGCUAAGAAUAAAUUUGGUUCUUUUUAAUUUGUUUUUGUUGAUCCACAAGUUUUAUUAUUAGUCUCCCAAGCCCGAUCUACAACUAUCGGACUGUGUUUUCUAAAUAUAUACUGGUCUCCACGAUUAGAACGGGCGAAUGUUUUCAAAUAUUUUAUUGAGUGACUCUUCGUCUUUUGUAUCACCUGAUAAAGGUAUCAAAACCAUUUACAAGAAAUUCCAAAACUUUUUGGGUCGUGGAGCAGAAGAUAACAGUUCGAAAAUUAAUGAAGAAAUGUUGUCUGUUGGCGGAAAUGCAACUGCAUCUGAUGACAGUUUCAUAACACCAGUUUCAUCGGUGGGCGAUCUUAUGGCGAUGUCACCAAAGAGAUCUAAUGAUGUGUCGGAACAGAGGCACGAGACCAGCGAUCUCCUCACCGGGUCGGACUUCGAUAGCAUCUGUGAUGUAACUAUGAAAGAGGUACCAAUGUCAGACGAUAUGUUUAUUGAUGCCACAAGUUUAGAUUUUCUCGUGAAGUGUGCCGAAUCUAACCGCAACCAUAACCACAUAGAUCGGGGCAAGGAAAGUUUAUUUGUGAAGUUCGACCCACUGUAUGCACGUCAAAAGCUUGAAGACGCGAGCUCUGUUCAUACAGAUUCCGCAGUGGACUCAUUGGAGUGUGAUGUGGGCUACGAAACAGGCAGCACAGUGUCAGUUUACACUGAUAACAAUGUGAUAGCACCAAAACAAACGCAAUCCGCAGGUGCCAUGCCUUCUCUGAGCAGAGAUAAACCCAUGCAGGUAGUACCACCAGUUGUUAACAGUGGAGGUCCAAAAUCAGGUUGUAGUCACGCUAGAUCUACACCAGGGCUGAUGCGCAGCGUCUCUGCUAUUCUCACCCCUUCUAGAGGUGUGGCCACUGAGAGACUCAUUAGUAUAUCAGGUAGUACUCCUCCCACUGCAGCACCAAGAAGUCCUCGCUAUCACAAUUUUACAACCCAAGAUGUGGAUCAUCUUCACACACUCAGAAUUAUUUUACAAAAACAAGAACAAGAAGUAUUGCAGCUUAGACAACAGAAUAGGGAACUAAAGAGUACAUUGCAAGAUAUGGAACACAACUACAAUAGGGUCACAGAAGAUUUGACAUCUAAAGUUAAGAAAUUGACUGAUGAAAGGGACCAUUCUCUUCAAAAGGAAUUAAAAUUACAGCAGCAAAUCAAUGAUAAAACUAUGAGCAACAAACAAAUGAGUAUUGUUAUGGAGGAAUAUGAGAAAACAAUAUCUUCAUUAAUAGAGGAACAGCAGCGGGAAAAGAUAUUGAACCAGGAAACCUUGGAAAAGGUUACAUCGGACAGAGACCAGGCUCUUAACCAUCUCAGUAAUAUGGAGAGUUCUUUUAAUGAUCUGCUUACCAAGUACGAAAAAUGCAAGACUGUAAUACUGGAAACAAAAGAUAGAGAGAAGAUGUAUGAACAGAAAAUGUCUGAAUACCAGGCAGCUGUCAAAAAAUAUGAGGAGCUGUAUGGGAAUCUGAAACAAGUGACAUCAGAUGCACUUUCUAAAGCUAAUGAAACUUUAGAGAAUCUCAAGAAGAACUAUAAUAUUGAAGUUACAAAGUUGAAUGCUACUGUGAAGAAGCAUGAAAUUACUAUAGCUUCCCUUCAGGAGUCUUUGGUUCAGAAAACAAGAGAUAAUGAUGAACUGAUGAGGUUAUAUGAUCAGCUCAUUAGUGAAGUGCAUUAAUGUCAUUCAAACAAUUUAUCUCCAUUUGGUGCUUUCAUUCUUUCCAUGCUUAUAUAUGUUAAACAAGCUGCUUUUCUUAGCUGACUGUCUCACUGUGAUGAAUCUCAACUUUUUUAUCUUAAAUUAUUAGUUUUAAUAGUAUUAUUUAUUAGUGUUUAGUUUUAACUUUUUAUGACAUUUGUUUGUUUAAAAUUUUGUGAUUAUGUUUCUCUUAUUACAUGUUUAUGACAACAGUAUUAGUUCCUGACUUUAAAAUUUUGAAUACAUUGAUUACUGUAUUAAUUUGACACUAAAAUGCUAAUGUGUAGUGAAACUACUAAAUUCAAUACUAGUGACUUAUCAAUAAUAUCCAAGACAAUAAAAUAAUUUUAUGCUUCCAGAUAAGUACACAUUCUAUGCAUGCAUUGUGUAAUAAUAUUAAUAAAAUAAAAUUAAACAAAAUGUUUCCAUGUGAUAAAUUGAUGUUUCAUAGCAGCUAUUUGUAGCAAGGUAUUGUUAUGUAGGCAGGGUAGAUUUAUUGGUUACUUAAAGUACCUAACAUAACGCAUAGGAAACCACAAUAUGAGAAAUGGAACUAAAAUAUAAAAUCAUGUCGAAGAUUUAACAUUCUUUCUAAAACUCAUCAUGUGGUAUUUUGUGCCAAUAUUCCUAAAAAUUUUCCCUCCAUUAGGGCUGUCAUAUUUAUAUCUUUGUAUGUUAUUUAUUUAUCAUUUAAAAUUGCCUCUUUUUAGUAUUAAUGUCCAUGCCAUCAUAAGGUUUUGUACAUUCAAGGUGGUCGGGUGACUUGGCGACGUACCUAAUGCUUAUGACGCUUUGUUUCGCCUCGUAUUACGAACAAAACCUGGAAACUCACUAUGAGAAUGAUAUAUUCAUGCCUGGUCCCACCACUUUUAUGUUAUAACUUAGAAGUACUAAUCUGUAUUCCAUAACAUAGAUUUUAGACUUGUUACGCUAAUUGUAGGGGUGUUGGUAAAAGCCCUCAUAUUUCAUUAUGUUAAAUACUUGUGUAGUAAUUGUCAAGAAUAAGUCGUAAUUUUUUUCUGUUUAUUUUUGUGUUCUUCAAGUCCAUAUUAUGUGCAUUUUGUACUUAGAUAUUUAAUAAAUUUGUACAUUAAAUA